AUGAGAAAUAAAUUAUGCAUAGUGGAUGAUACCAAACUAACAACUCGGUUUACUAAUAAGGUGGAGUCCAUUGACGAAUGGGUUGUGGAGAUGUGGGAGGAAUUACCAAAGAAUGUUUUGGAGAUGGUGGUGGUCGUUUGUUGGGCAUUAUGGGAAGGCCGGAAUGCUAUGGUUUGGAAUAUGCAUGCCGUGGAGUCCAGUUCGUUGGUCUUGCGUGCGAAGCUAUAUAUUGAAAAUUGGAGGGCGGCUAGGCGUAAGGAGGAGGUGCCACAGCAGAGGGGUGAGGGUGCAGUUCAUGUUGAGCAUUGGCAGCCGCCUCUUGGCUUAACCUUGAAGGUAAAUAUUGAUGUGGCUUUGGAUGAGGGUAGGGGACAUAUGGGGUUUGGAUGGGUGGUUCGGGAUGCGGAGGCUUCGGUGGUUGGGGUGGGUUUGAGGAAGACUCCGGGCGUUUACUCGGUACGUGAGGCAGAGGCAAUGGGUGCUAGGGAGGCGUUAAGUUGGAUUAAGAGGAGAGGUUGGACUCAUAUUGUGCUGGAAACUGACGCUCAACUGGUGACGAAUGCGGUGCGGAAGGGCUUAAAUAUUACUCCCUUUGGAGCUAUUAUUGAUGAUAUUCGUCUCUUACUACGAAGUAUCGAGGGAAGUUCCAUUAUUUUUGUUAGGCGAAGUGCCAACGAGACAGCCCAUGUGCUUGCGCGUAAAGCGUUAUGUAAUAGGGAUUUCGCUCUUGUUGAGUUUUUUGACGCUAUUCCUCGUUGUAUUUCUACUACUAUUGCUAAGCAUUAA